GCAUUCCCGGACAGUGGGCAAAACACUGGACAUCAGGCACUGCUAAUGUUUGUUUAUUAACUAUUUUUAGAAAAAGAAAGCUGUCAUGUGACUAAGAUUUCAUUAGUCAUGUGAUAAGAACCAAGGGCUGGCACUCUCAAGAAAGUGGGAAGAACCACAAUAAACAACUCGAUUUUCCAAGUCCAAGAGUCAAGAGGAUUUGGAGAAAGAAACGUAAACAGGGCCUAUCUUGGUAUGUCCUGACACUGAGCUGCCUCUGUAUGGCCCCAGUCAAGAAAGUCAUCCCACUUCUUUCGUUAUCUGCUGUGUGGAUAAAGAUGGGCGAGACCCCACCAGGGUUCUGAGUUUUAAAGAGAGAAAGAAAUAGCAGCCGGCUCGUGAGAUGGACGGGAGCGAGGAGCGCCCCCUACUGGGACAUCGCCGGGGAGAAGAUGGAGGGGAGAGGGAGGAGCUUUAUUACGAUUCGUUCCCCUCCCCCGUGUCAGAGUUAGACAGGCCCAUCACGAGCAAAGAAGAAGAAAAGCCAAAAGUUGAAGAUGUAGAAAUUAAGGUCUACAAGCGGCGCUGGUACAUCCUCAUCAUCUUCGGCCUGUUCUCCAUGACCCAGAACGGCGUCUGGAACACUUGGGGCCCCAUCUCCACCACCAGCAUCGAGGCCCUGGGCUGGGACAACAGCACCAUCGCCUGGCUCAGCAACUGGGGGCCCAUCUCCUUCAUCAUGGUCGGCCUCUUCUAUCCGUGGCUGCUGCAGGUUAAAGGUCUCCGCUGGGCUGUGGUGUCCAGUGCGCUUCUGGUUGCCGCCGGCACGUCCCUGAGGGUCAUAACCUCUGACCCUGAGCCCGCCACUGUGUUGAUCCAUUGUGGUCAGUUUCUCAACGGUGUGGCUGGCCCGAUGGCCAUGGGGGCCAUCCCAGCCCUCUCAUCCAGCUGGUUCCCGCCACACGAGCGGGUCACGGCCACCGCUGUCGGGGCUAGCAUCGGGAUGUUUGGGCUGGCCAUCACGUUUGUCCUAGGACCAGAGCUAGUGAAAGGUGGACCCCCAGAUAACACAACCAGCUCCAUCACCACCACCUCCCCACACAUGAUAAGCUCAUCUGGGUGCAGUCUGGAUGUCUACGAACCAGCUAAUGUCACAGAUGCCCGGAUUCACCGAGAGCGAGAGGACAUCAUGAAAUACAUGUAUUACCAGUGCGGCUGGGCGUGGCUGGUUGCCCUGUGUCUGCUGUGUUACUUCCCGGCCAAGCCCCCGCGCCCGCCCUGUGCCAGCGCCAGUGUGGAGAGAGACCGCUACUGGGCCGGGCUCUGGUCACUCAGAAAGUAUUCCACAGCUGGUUGGAUCGGGUGUUACUCCACUAUAGCUGCCUGUGCGUUCAGUCUCUUUAUAGGAAGAUUUGCGGACUACUUCACCCGCAGCAUCAAGUUCUUCAUCCUGGUCCUUUACAUCCUUGGCACGGCCUGUUUCCUCGUCUUUGCCCUCAUGCUCAUCAAGGUCAUCCCGUACUCGGACAUUACGUUGUACAGCACCAUCAUCGGAGGCACGACUCUCCUGAACGGAGCGGUUCCCCUCAUGUUUGAGCUGGCCUGUGAGCUUGCCUACCCGACGGGAGAGGGCGCGGCCAACGGGUUCCUCACCUACCUCAACAACCUGGGGGGGCUCGUCUUCCUCGCCGUCUUCUCCUUCCCAAACGUUGGUACUAUGUGGAUGAACUGGGCCUUGAUUGGCUCCACCGUGGUGUGCGUCCCUCUCAUCGGUGCGCUCCGUGGCCGCUUCAACCGACUGGAGGUGGACGAAGGUGUGCAGACGCAGGGCUACGUGGAACAGGAAGUCAACGUGGAGGCGGACAGCGGGGAGAACGGGUACUCGAUCCAGUCGGAAAGCACCAAUUUGCUAUCUCACUAGUCGUAAUUUGGUAACUUUAUAGUUUUUGUUGAUAUAUCCAAAUUGUUAAUACUUAACAUUUUUCGGGGUGUUUUUUGGGAGGUGUUGUUUUUUUAUAACUGUAGGGGUGGCUCUGUUGGAAUGUUUUAUGGAAAUGUUUUUGUUUUGCCUUUUUGUGAGAGUGUUGAUGUGCUGGCAGCUAUACUGAGUCCGUAUCAUAUGUGAGGUAUGGUUCUCUAGGAAUGUUUUAUGUGAAUGAUUAGUUUGAUUUGUCUUUUGGAGAAGGUGCUGAUGUAAUUGUAACUGUAGAUCGACUGCUCAGUUUAGGACUUUGUCACACGUCACAUUUCAAAGUGGCAUAUGGCAGUGGAAGUUUUACACCAAGCAUGUGAGAAUUUUCAUGCCCCCAUCAAUGCAGUUUA